AAUAUGUUCCUUUUACAUCACGCCCUCAAGAAUCGAAAAAAUACACAUAGUCCACUAUAUAAUCGAUCUAAAAUGAUUGAAUCCUUACGACCCACUAGUAAGGGUAAUGGAGAGUCUGGCUCAACAAUCAACUAUAUCAAAAUACAACCGAAAGAUAACUCGGAUACACCUAGAGAAAAGUUCGAAAAGUUUCCGAAUCUGUUAGCCGUGAACGAUAAGAAGGACUUUAAGCAAAUGAUUUUAGAAAUCAAUGAACGGGGUGGUGCGACCAAGGCAAAUUUAUUGCUAGGGGACAAUGCGCCAAUGAACUAUUAUCCUGGUAAGCAUUUGGAAUCUGUAUGCAUUGGCCAUUCCACCAUAUAUAACAAGCCCGUAGUAAUGGAUUGGCUGGAACCGAAAAUAUAUUCGGCCUACAGAUCCGAUUCCGCCCAAUGGACCGGUCCCGAGGCAUAUAGCAUGUGGGUUGCUUUCAGAUAUAACCUCUUCAAAAACGGCAGAUCUGAGGAAUGCCACAAAAUAGCAUUCAACACGUGUAGGUCCUAUCUGGAAUGUGCCUUGAUGCGCAACCAACGCAUGGAGUUCUUAAUACCAAAAUAUCCUCUUCAUCAAUUGGGAUACGCCUUUGUGCAUAGGAAGAGUAUAAAUGAGGACCUCUAUAACAGCUAUACAACGUAUAAGCCAAAAUUGUAA